CCGGGGUGAAAUUUUCCCACAAUGCACUACGUCCUUUUGCUGUAGCCAACAUGGCGAAUCAAGGUGAGGAAGGUAAAGAGAAGCAGAACGUGAUGCGGGAGCUGCGCAUCCGCAAGCUGUGCCUCAACAUCUGUGUGGGAGAGAGCGGUGACAGGCUCACCCGAGCUGCCAAGGUGCUGGAGCAGCUGACGGGACAGACACCGGUCUUCUCAAAAGCCCGCUACACCGUGCGAUCCUUCGGAAUCCGCAGGAACGAGAAGAUUGCUGUGCACUGCACUGUCCGGGGCUCCAAGGCUGAAGAAAUCCUGGAGAAGGGGCUCAAGGUGCGUGAGUACGAGCUGAGGAAGGGCAACUUUUCCAAGACGGGCAACUUUGGCUUUGGCAUCCAGGAGCACAUCGACCUGGGCAUCAAGUACGACCCCAGCAUCGGCAUCUAUGGCAUGGACUUCUACGUGGUGCUGGGCCGGCCAGGCUUCAACGUCCGACACAAGCGGCGCAAGCAGGGUCGCAUCGGGGCCAAGCAUCGCGUCUCCAAGGAGGAGGCCAUGAAGUGGUUCCAGCAGAAGUAUGACGGCAUCCUGCUACCAGGCAAAUAAACACCAGCCCAAUCACCACCACCACACUAGCAACCGGCAUCCAAGCAAACACAGUUUUACGUCGGACAUUUGUACAGAAGUAGACACUUUGAAGACUCAAAGCAUUUCCUCAUGUCUUGAUAAUAAAUGCAAGAAGUGAACAGUUAACAGUCA